AAGGGCUUGAAUUUUCAGAAGGUGCAGAUACCGAAUUCUUUUUUAAGCCACUGAAAGAUUCUGAUUCAUUCUUGGACUUUGACACCGCGAGCGGUGUAACCAAUGAAGUAUAUGCUGAAGCAGGAGUAAUUGUUGUGUUUAUGCUAGCAGGACUCUUUACUUGGGAAGUAAUGAUUUUUUGUGAUGUUGAGGAUGUUGACACAGAGGGAGUGGAAGAUGUUGAUGUUGGG